AUGGCACAGAACGUAGGAGAAUAUUUGUGUGUUGGUGACUCUAUUUGUCUGUAUUCUGUGGAGACAGAAGGCUUUGCUUACAGUCUCCAGUCCAGUUCAAUACACAGUCAUAUGUAUAUAUAUCAGAACCAGGACAGAGAUAAGCCGACAAAAAUACCUAGUGCUCAAGCAUGCGAAUUUAUUGUCGGCCUCCAGAACAGAUACAAACUGAAUAAGAAGUACAGGAAACAUCAGUCGAUGGUUGCAAACUCUGAAGGAGACUACCAUGAAGAUGAAAUAUCCCUUAAACAGCAUAAGAUGGCGGCCGAGGCAGAAAACAUGGACAAUGCACAAGAACAGAAAAGACAACUCGGCAAACGUGUUAGAUAUGGUGAAAUUGUACAGCUGAAGCACGUAUUCACAAAUAAAUACAUUCAUACAUGUACUUCGCAGACAUCGCAAGUGGACAAAAAUAAUAUGGUGAUAAUGUUGCAACAAUACAAUGCCAAAAAUGCCCAGUUUCGUAUUUUGCCCCAGUACAAGGUUAAAUCCGAAGGAGAAGUGGUGCAAAUAUAUGACCAGAUUGUAUUCGAGAGCGUCAAAUCACCUGGACACUUCAUACAUGCUAGCUCAGCCUUUCAGAUUGACCAUUUUACAUUCGGGUCAGAGUUCAACCUUGGUGUAGAGAGGUCAGGUUUUACAUUGAUUCGAUUUAGGAAACGACCUCCAGCAGAAAGCUUGAUAUUUAUUCGGGGUGGAAAUAUAAUUCGACUGUUUCACAAGGAACUAGAGGCGUAUGUCGUUGCCGAGGGUCUGUUUGACGAUGAGAUCACCGAGGACGUUCAUUUCCGUGUUCGGGUGAUGGAUCAGCAUAAACCACGAACCCUGUCACCACCGACUUCCGGUAACACUUUCUGGGUCAUAGAGGCGGAGAAAGGAAUAUUUCAUGGUGAGAUUAUUCAAUGGGAACAACAAAUACGAUUACGUCACAUGACAACCCGGAAGUACAUUUGUAUCAAUGCAGAACAUGAAGUUAUUUUGGUCGACAGCAAUGAGGAUCCAAGGACAGUGUUUAGGCUUCACAGUGUUAUUAAUGAGAGAGAUGAAAUUCGGUUUGAGAGCUAUUGCAGAAUCGAGCAUGUUCUAACCGGAUCCUGGUUACAUGCGCUGAAAGACGAGGACUACAUUCGGAAGCAGUUUAGAGAUGAAGAAAGUUGUAACGACCAGUCGCUGAAAGGCUUGAGGGUAUCAAGUGCUCUAGUGAAACGGGUGACGGGUAGUAGUGAAAGUCAGUACGAUGAUGCGUUCACCAUACAAAGGGUAGAAGAAGAAAAUCAAUUGGAAUUCAACUAUGUUGCUGGUAUGGUGCCGUUCCUCCAGAACCUUAUCAAAGACAGGCAAGUUGGCAUUGUCCUAAAUUCAAAGAAAACGCACCAGAUUGUACAGGCAAUGGACGAACUACAACAUUUCAUGAUAAUAGAUAACAUGCCAAGUAAAGGUCGACAGAAAUUGAUGAGAAACCUUAGGGUGAUAGAUUUGCUGGUGAAGAUUCUGCAGUUCCCGUUAGAAGGUGUAGCGGAUGAGCACGCCAUAAUACUGGUAUUCAAGGAAGCGUACGAAAUACUGUACACCUACAUGAUUGGUAAAAGCAGAAAGAACGCCCUAUACUUCGCCAAAUACAUCGAGUUUUUCCAAACACAGUUUACGCAAAAGGGCGGUAUUGGUCUGAACGUUGCUCAGAUGAUAGUUGAACUAAUACGGGACAAGAGAAAGAUUGUUGAUAGAAUUUCACACCAUCAAAUAGAUGAGUUUGUUGGGCUACUGCAGUCAACUCAGAAUUACAGAUUUCUAGACUUGCUGCACGUGUUGUGCGUGUGCGAUGACAUAGCAAUACCAAACAACCAAGUCUACAUCGUUCAAAAGUGGAUGCUGGAUAAACCGGUACGUUUAUUGAAUUAUUCAGGUAGAGGGAUCUUUUUGACAGCUCGUGGACAAGACAUCAAUAAACAACCAAAUAUAUUGUACAUCACAACAGACGAUGCAAAGACGUGGAGCGCUCUUCACGACUUUGUCAACCCCAGCCACGAAGACUAUGAUAAGGACAAACAUGACUUCCUGCUACAUCAGCUAGACCUGUUUAUUGCUCUUUGUAAGGGGCGCAACGACUUUGCUAUCAACAUCAUAACAAAAGAGUCGAGGUUUUUGACCUGGGAAGAAACAUUUUUGGCCCUGAGAUCUUCAAUUUUGCCAGAUUCUAUAAGAGCAAAGUACUGUGAUAUUACAACAAAUUUGUUUGUCGACAUCGGGAACAACUAUUCUGUGCUGGCAUAUCCAAACAUUUGUUUCGUGUAUGAUUACGUCGGCUCGAAGGACGAGGAGAAAAGUGCAGGAGAUUUUAUAAUGAAAGAGUUGGUCGCAAUCUUUCCGGUGCUGAGAGACUGGAUUGCAGAAUUUUUGUCAGAAAACCUGUGUAUGUAUGCAUCAGAGAUUGGACACAACAUGCUUAUUGAGCAAGUACUUCGGCUGCUCUAUUUCCUGGUGAAAUUUGGUUACUACAUGGACUCCGAAGACGUUGAUAAUCUGCUCCCACCUCUUCUGAACCUUCUGGAUGGCAGGCAUGACUAUCCUUUCCCUGCUAAAGACAAAGGGUACACAAAAGAAGAAAAGAAGAAAGUGCAUACGUAUCAGCAGACAGACAGAUUCGAGAAAACAAAGGAAACUGAAGCGAUAAGUCGAGCGAAAUUCCAGGUUUUGGAAGUUCUCGAUUUGCUCCUAACAUACCAAAGGAACUUGAGACUUCAGAGUUUUGUUGGAAAAUUCAAGAUAGCUGAACAGCUUGAGGGUGAAGGCAAAACUUCAAUUAUGACACCUCUGCUUUAUGAUACAUUCAACCCGCAUGAUCAGUCGAAAAAAGCCAUUGGCGUACAGAAGAAAGUGAAUAAAGAACUGAACGACAUGUUUAAGCUGUCGGCGUUGUUUGAUCUCGAAUUCCUCACAAAGGUUCUCAUGGACUUGUCGAUGUACAAGGACAACAAAAUGGUUUUAAAGUCAAUGACCAUCAUGAAUAAACUGUACUCCACAAAGUGUUGCAUGUUCAAUAUCGGGAGUCAAGCUCAGAUCUUGCUAACACAAGAUUCAGCACGUGUGCAUAGGGAGGUACUGAAGAACAUGCCCGUAUUGAGAAGACUUUCAAAUGCCAAGCUAGAUGAUUUGCAGAUAAAAAUGAUGGGGAAUAUCCUCGAUGAUCUUGCAGAGUUUUGCCAUCUUCCAAUGACACCGGAUGAGCCACACCCCAUGAAUCAGAAUAUUUUGAUAAGCAACGGGGUUCUUGAUGUGCUGUUUACCAUACUGGAGCAAGAUAUUGAUCCAAAGUUGAUGAGUGUGUAUGGAGGAAUGGCUGAUAUAUUCAAGAAAUCGUUUUACCUGCUAAAGCUGUUAGCGAGGGAAAAUUUCAGUGUACAAUAUAAGAUCAUGGAGCGCCUAGACAUCAUGCUGGAUGUGAAAGUAGUAGAAUCGGAUCUUGCUAUAGCCCUCAAAGAGGUUUUCAAUGGGAACCAAUUCACAUGUUUGAAGAUCUCACAAAAGCAGAUUCAGAAGGUUGUUACGCGAAUCGCUGAACUUCAAGAGAAAGCACCGGAAUUUCUCGAUCUACUUGGAAUGGUCGUCAAAGUCACUGGACUAAACUUGACUCUAAAACGAAACCAAGCUUACGUCAUGAAAUACAUUAUGCAGAGCUACCGAAGGGUGGCUUUUGUUUUAGAUAUGUCAAGAGAAGAAAGAGUAAGUAUAUUGACUGACCCGAGUGAGAUAGCGAAACUGAGGUACUAUAUAAGUUUGUUGGACUUGCUUGCAGCAUGUGCAGAGGGAGAAAAUAUGUUCAUCGAAUCUCUGUGCCAGACUAUACUGCCGAUCGAUGACUUGCUGAUGGUACUGAACAGUGACAAGGUAGAUAAUGUAUUCAAAAAGCCGUUUCUGAAAUGUCUACAUCACGUGUACAUGAAGACUGGUGACACUAAAAUGGAUACAGGUGCCAGUGAAUUGUCACAUUUUGAAGGAAUAUGGCAUUACAUAUCCAUCGUUUCGCUGGAGAUGAAUAAGCUCACAGAUAGCAUUAAAGCGGAUCCGGAUAAAAUGGCAAUUAAUAUCAACUGUGCUCCAGAAAAGAGUGGCCAAGCCGCAGCUCCCGACUUUGAGUCAAGUUCGUACGGGACAAUGUUGUACUUCCUAGAAGGGGUGUUGCCGUUUCUGUCCUCGUUUUACGAGUACUUCUACUAUCCCGAAAAACACUCCCAUCCAAAUGAGCUGGACGAGACGGAUCAUAUCGCAAAGGCUGUCGUGCUUUUUGGGGAGAUUCUUGGACCACUCAUCCACAAACCGCUUCACAUGAAAAACAUCAGCACAGCUAUUACUGUUCUCGUGCCCAUAUCAAACAUGCCAAAUUCCAACAUAGAGUCCAUUUUGGGAAGAUGGGCCGGUGGCAUAGCAGCGGAAGAUACAUCUAGUGCUAUCAGAAAGGGUAACAUCGAAUACUAUUCAGAUGAAGUGGAGAUAAACGCCAAGUUCCGAUCAUUUACUAAGAAUUGUUCUAUAGUGUUUGCCGGCCACAAUACUGUAGCAGCUCAACUAGGAUAUAAAUCACAGCGAGAGUACACCGUGUUGGGAGGUGAUGAGGAACUACCCCUUGGAGAGGAGUUUCAGAGUUUAGUUAAAUGCUUUGUUAACCACAAUGAGAAGAAAACUGCAAAGAAGUAUGAGUGGUCGGCAAAACUUAUAGAACAACUCAAAAUAUCUUCGGGUUUUACGCGACUCACAGAAAGUGCACGUCAGGAGAUGGACGAAUUGAACAUCAAAUGCUUGCAGAUAUUAAGGGCUAUGGUACACAAUGAGGAGCGCAGACUGCCUGAAGAUUGGCCGACCAGAACGGCAGAACCCAAAAUAGCGAAAACUCUACGAGCUAUUGGUAAUAUCCAGAAAUUCUAUGACUCUAAGGAUGCAAUGAUGAAAAUUUUGCCACACCUGGCAACAAGAAACGAGCAAGUUGCCAAGGAAACACUUGGCUUCCUAUGUGCUUUGUUGUUAAAUGCUAACCGUACUGUUCAGGAAUCGAUGAUGAAUUAUUUCCUGUCGACCAAAGAAGAAGUGUUCUUCAUGGCAAUACGGGAUAGAAUGGCAUGUUCUACAAAUACAAUCAAGGAAAAGCGAUCUUUGCAAGCUCAGAUGGAUGUACAGAAGAAGAAAAGCUCUACUAAACAUGUUUCGUCAAAAAGUGGUAAAGCAUCGGUAUCAGUACGAGCACUACAGCAAAUUCAAGCAUAUGAAACUGCGCUUAGACUUCAAAGAUUGAAUGGAUGGAAACCAAAGAGACACGGCCAGAAAAAUGGAAACAAGAAUGAGAAUCAUUCUAAAGAAAAGAAAGACAAGGACGACAAGGCGAAGGAAAAAGAAAAAGAUAAAAAGAAGCAGACAAAAGCCCCUAAAGCAUCAAAACCCAAAACUAAAGGAAAAGCAAAACCAGCUGAUUCUGAUGGAGCUGAAGUUGCGCAAACAACUGAAGACGAUCUGGCAUUAAUAAACGACGCUUUUGAAGACAAUGAAUCGGGGGAUGUAAAGGUCGAUAUACCAGAGGAAAGCGAUGACAAAGAUCCAGAUGAAGCUGCAGAAAAAGCUGAAGAGUCGAAAGAAGACAAGAAGGCGACUGAAGAGAAGAGUUCCGAGGAUGAGGAAGGAGAAAGUGCAAUGAUGUCUGGUAAUGAUGGAUAUAUAGAACUUGCAUUGAAGGUCAUGGCACGAAUGUGUGAUGGACAGAACCAUACCUUACAGGACUACCUAAGAGAGCAACCAGAUAAUGUGAAGUCCUUCAACAUUAUAGGGGAGGUCACUCAAUUUCUAAAUGUGAUCUAUUCAAACAUAACAGCUGACAGCAUUGAUCUGGUAGGCCAACUCUUCGAUACUAUGACCGAGUUUACUGCAGGCAAUCAAGAAAAUCGUAUUGUAAUAUAUGACAACAAAAUCAUCGACUACAUAAACUUCAUCUUGAGAGCUGGCGAAAUCGGAGACUGUCCAAUUGACAAGAUUCUGUCACUUCGAGAAAGCAUUUCAAACCUGGUUUUGGCAUUAGUAGAAGAAAACGGUCAUGGAAAAACACAAGUUGCAAUGGAAGUGAAAGAUUCUCUUGACAAGAAAGCUGUUGUUACUCUGAUGGCCGAAGGUUUUGAACAUCACGGUAUUGACAAGAAGAAACUUGCGGAAAUGAAAUAUAUAGAACAAGAAGGACAAAUGCCACAACAGAAAAAGAGCAAAAUUGCUGUGUUAAAAGAAAAACUCCUAAGAUCAAUUGGGAAGAAAGACAGCGAUGAGUUUGCGGAAGAGUACGAAGAUGUUGGGUAUCGCCUGUACCUCAUACUUGCACGAAUGGUUGACAUUGAUCCCUAUCUUCUAGAAUCACUCAGAAUGACACCAUUGCAAAUGAAAGCUUACAACUUUUACAAGAAGAAUUGCCAGUCAAUCGAGAUAGUGAAGGACGAUGAACUACAGAAAGCCAACUUCCGCGUUAAAACUUCGCGAGUUCUUCGAGAAGAAGUCAAAGAAAUGUUGAAAUGGAGUGUUGACAGGUCGUCACCUAGCAACAAAAUUCGGGACCUUAUGGCAUGGUCUGUAGAUAUAAUGAAAGACAUCGCUUACCAGAGAAAGAUACUGAACAACCCGGUCGCAGUAGUUCUUACGAAAGGAUGGCUUGUGUGGAACAAUUCCGUGACAAUUUUGUCAUUUGCUAUCAAUAUUCUGAUGUUGAUGACAUGGAAUGCAAAGGCAUCACUAAGCAUGUCAGGAAUGUAUAAAAACACCACAGCCCUACCACCAGAACUUGGAGAUCCAAUUCCUGAGAUUAGCAAUCUUAGUCCAGAAACGUAUGCCUUGGUUCUAUUCGUGCUUGGUGGACUGCACAAUGCGUGUUGUUUUCUGGUAGUUAUCAGCUAUUUUGUAGGCAAUCAUCCGAGGCUUCCUGAUCCAAAAGCUGCAUUUCUGGAAAUCAAAGAAUAUUUCCUUGCAAAAAAGAAGGAAGAAGAUGAUGGAGAUGAAGAUAAAGCCAAGGAACAUGUUGCUAAAAUGGACGCAAAGCUUCUUAGUUUUACAACAUUUUACUACCUUAGUUUCCUUGCACUGUCAAUCGGAGGUACAAUGUUCCAUGGCUAUUUCUUCGCAUAUCAUCUUCUAAAUAUAGUCAACGGAAACCAGCUUCUUAGUGGCGUCAUCAAAGCUGUUACACAGAAUGGACGGUCGUUAGUUUGGGUUGGUAUACUUGGAUUGUGUGUGUUCUACCUCUACGCCAUAAUUAGUUUUGCUUUGAUGAGGAGCAUGUUUGAUCCGAAUGAUUAUCUUUAUUGCGACACACUCUGGCAAUGUACGCUAACAAUUAUCAGAUACGGUCUGAUUGGGGAUCUGUUUGAUACUAUUAAAGCACACAGAACAGAGAAGAAUUUCCGGAUGUUUGGAUUUGUUGUUUUGUAUCACGUAUCUUUCUUCAUAUUCAUUACCACGAUUGGGCUGAACAUCAUCUUCGGUAUCAUUGUCGACACUUUUUCCGAACUGAGGGAUUUAAAGUGGACAGCCGAAUCUGAUAUGAGGGAUACUUGCUUCAUUUGUAGUAGGAACAGUUACGAUUUCGAACAUCAUGGCAAUGGGUUUGAGCAACAUGUUCGUCAUGAGCAUAAUAUGUGGGCGUACAUAUUCUUCUUUAUCCAUCUGGAUGGAACGAAACUCAAUGACUACACAGCUUUGGAGAUGUAUGUCUUUAAACAUCUCCAGAAGGAGAAUUAUGACUUCUUCCCAUUGGAUCGUGCCCUAUCUCUUGCUGCCAUGGGUCAAGACUCGACAGAAGUUAAGAUAGAUGAUUUACUAUAUCAUGUGACCUCGAUUGUACAGAAACAAAAGAAAGAGGAACUUGAGAAAAAACGAUUUGAAGAGAAAAUGCGACAAGCGGCAUGGGAAGAGAAACACCGUAUGGUACCAAUACAGGGCUCUCUAAAUAUUGCAGCCAAUGAAGACUACCUUCUUGUUUCCGAUGAGCAAGAUGAUCAGAUUUUUGACACGCUUGUGGUUGGCAGUCCACCACAAGGUCUUUCACCAUCAUACUCGCGGAGAACGAGUGUAGCUACAGCAACAAGAAGACAGAGCGCUGCAGGAUCAGGUUAUCAGACACCGCUCAAUCGUCAUGACAAAUACCGCCGGCGUCGUAGUGUAAGUCCAAUGGAGCAAAAGGAUUCAUUGUUCCGUCUUGUCAGUCCUUCGCGCGGAUAUGAUGACGACCAAUUAUCUCUUUCCGGAACACAAGUCUAUGGAUGGGAGGAAAGAAUCCACAGCCCAACGUUACUUGGCUUAGAUGAAGAUGUACUUGAUAUAAUUCCUGUAUCGUUCAGCAGACGACAAUCUUUUGACAGGCUACGUAGUCCAAGACUGAGCAUUGCCCCAGGCCAUAGAGAAUUACAGACCUACUAUUCAGAGUCUGACCCUACCCCGUACCUACGCCAGCUAGCGCAACAAUACUCGCAAGACAGAGAAAGACGUCUUUCUCAACAAUAUCCGGAGGGCCAGCCUCUUACGCUACCUCCAGAAACGGAGAGGGGGGAUGCAGACAGCAUUACCUCCGAAGAUGUACCAACAGAUACACAAUUUUAAAACAUUUACAGGCUUAAAAAGAAUAUGUUUGAGUAAUUUCGGGAACAUUCGCAUCCUAUUUAAAGGACAACUGAACAAAUACACUGUACAGCACUCUUUACACGAACAGAGCUAGGAAUAUGUCCAUACACUGAUUUAACACUGGUUGAUAUUUUUAUUUAGUCUGUAUACAGCUGCAAGAUAUUUAAAUGUAAGCAAAUACGGAGCCUAUGUAUGUGUUAUUGCUUAAGUGAGAAUGGAAUCUUACGUUUUAUUAUAUGCAAUGAGCAUUUAAUGAAUAUGCUAUUGAUACCUUAUUUGUAUUAUAUUAGCAGUUAUUUUAACUGAUUCACAAUUGCAAUCGCUUGACAUAUUGUAUUCAAAUAGCAAUUGAUGUUUUAAUUGAAUAACUAUUUUGCAAUCUUUAAUCAUAUUGUAUUUAAUCUUCAACAGAUGUUUUAGUUGAAUUGCUGUUGCAGUCGUUAGUCAUAUUGUAUUUAAUUUACAACUGGAGUUUUAACUGAAUUACUUUUGCAAUCAUGAGUCAUACUGCAUUCAGUUUGCAAAUGAUGUUUUAGUUUAAUUACUUUUUGCAGUCAUUAGUCAUAUUGCAUUUAAUUUACAAUUGGUAUUUCAACUGAAUUACUUUCGCAAUCGUUGAUCAUAUUGCAUUUAAUUUACAGCUGAUAUUUUAACUGAAUUACUUUUGCAAUCGUUAGUCAUACUG